CGCUUGCGUUUAUAAGGACGGCGACGGCGGGCCGGGACUCGCUGCCCUUCCACGCCGCCGGCGCGAGCAGAGAGGCGAUGACGUUUCACCGGCGGGCUGCUCAGUAUCUUGCUCCCUUUCUCUCCAACCUCAACAAUUGCAACGCCUCCUCUUCCUCCUCGAGGUUCUUCAUCUCGCGUCGUCUUUCCUUCUCGGCCGCUGCUUCCUCCGCUACGGAACAGGCUGAUGGCGCCGGCUUCAGUGCAGGGAGGAGAACGAAAAAGUCUUGGGGUCGGCAACUCUUCCAGAUCGGGUUGAUUAGCCUGACGGGUGGUUUGUUUCUCAGUGCCGUCAACGAUCUAGCCAUCUUCCAUGGGUGUAGCAGUAAGGCAAUUGAAAAGGCUAGCCAAAAUCAACAGAUAGUGGAGUUGCUUGGCUUGCCGAUUAUAAGGGGCCCGUGGUAUGACGCUUCUCUUGCAGUAGGCCGCAGAAAACAUUCAGUGUCUUCUACAUUUCCUGUUUCUGGACCUCAAGGAACUGGCAUUUUCCAGUUGAAGGCAAUCCGUCGAGGAGGUUUACCUUUUGUUCAGCAGCUUGUUUUUUUAUCGUACAUAUUUCCAUUUACUUGCAUACUUUGCUGAUUUACUCUAUGUUUAAGGUGCUUGACGUCACUUUUUCUACUGAUUCCUUAUUUAGACACAAGUUUUCGUGCAUGACGUUUUGUAGUAGGAUUUUCUUACAAGAACUUUUCUUUCAAUGAGAACCAAGGGAGGAUAUCCACACGAUGCUUUUGUUUGGUGCUCUAGAUAAAAUUUUAUACCUUCCAUGAAAUUAGGAAAAUGAAACCUGCUAUUAAUAUCUCAGUCCUCACUUUAAUUAAAAUUCAAUCGACUAUCAGCCAUCCCAUAUGGCAAUAAGCAUUCAAAAGUUUCCAUUCUUUGCAUUCUCUUCUAGAGGUCAAAUCACCAAGAACAUCCACCUAACACUAUAAGAGGAACUUAUUGAUUCUCUAAGUUAAUUUUUAUAUUCCCUCUUCUGGAUGGCAAUAGAACAUUUUCAAUCGAUAUCCUUCCGUUGUCAAUGGUUUUGAAUUCUUGCAAAUUUGCUUUAUCGUCGAUUUCUUGGGUCCAACUACUGAACACUUCAAACUUGGUUUCAUUUCCAUUAGACAGUUUGUUUUUUAUUUCUACUUUUUUAUUUUGUUUGUUCUCUUUGUGGCCAGUCAUUGUUA